AUGGCCACCGAGGCUCAGGUCAUCAACUCCUCCCCAGAUAUCACGCGAGCGGCGCCCGCACCCUGGGAUGCCCCAGUCACAGUCAUGACCUACAACUUCCCUACGAUGGAACCUGCUCGGUUCGUGGAAUACUCGCCAAAACACCUUUCAAUGCCUCUGCGAAGAGACCUCCUCCACCGCGCAAUUGUAUACGAGGGUGAUAACACCCGACAGGGAACCGCCAGCACGAAGUGGAGGGAUGAUGUGCACGGUAGCCACCGGAAGCUUUAUGCGCAGAAGGGAUCCGGCCGUGCUCGUGCCGGUGACAAGCAGUCUCCGGUUCGAAGGGGUGGUGGUGUUGCUCACGGUCCUCAUCCUCGCGAUUUCUCGACCGAUUUGCCUAAGAAGAUCUACGAUCAAGCUUGGCGCAUUGCCCUCAGCUACCGCUACCAGCGCGGUGAGCUGAUCGUCAUCGAUAAUAAGAUCUCGCUUCCCUCUGGCUCGACACCCUAUAUGCUCGAGUCCAUCUUCCGCCAAAACGGAUGGGAUACCAAGAAGGGCCGGUCGACACUCAUCACGGAGCAGGUGGACGAGGAGUUGUUUGACAAGGUGGAGAAGAUGGAGCGUUACGCGUCAAUCAUGGACCGCAGCGACGUGGAUGUGAAGAACCUGCUCGAGACCCAGAGGUUGAUUAUCGAACGGGUUGCGCUGGACCGGAUUCUGAGCCAACACUCGCGGGAUCUGAAGAGCCGACCUGCGAAGGCGACUUACUAA